GGCGUCGAUAAGUCUGGUUCUUUGUGAAGCAUAAGGAGUUUCAAUUUGCCUUUGUUUUCCAGAUGCGAGUUAUGAAGUAAGUACUGAUUAGAUAUCGACGAAAUAUAAAAAUGCCUUCUGCAGCACGAAAGCUCCCACCGAAGCCCGAUCCGAACGUUCCGUCGUGGAUAGCGAAGGGACCGCCGGCUUUAGGGUCUUUGAUGGAAAUAGCAGAUGGGCCAGGAUUUGGGAAUUCUCUGCCUUUUUCGACUGCAGCUGGCCGUCAACUUCUGGAAGAAGAGGACUGUGGUUCUAAUGGAUGGCAUCCACACCUCUCGACCUCCACACCGAGAACUUCCCCCUAUGAUUCGCAGCUGACUGGUGCACUAGGAGAAGUUGGAAAAGGUUACAAUGGUCUGAUCGGCAUUUUUUUUGCAGCUACCAACACCAACGCAGUGUUCACAGAGCGACAGCUGAGCACAGUGCUUCUAAUUACUUCUGCGCUUUCCGGAGUUCUGCUGCUGCUGCCUCUUGGGGCGUACUUUUUACUGCUAAGGCGAAGUACCGGAAGGAAGACGCGGUUGGGAGGUACGCGGAGUGCGGAUGGGGUUUUCUCGGAACCUUCCGCGGAGACACCGGCCGAAAAAGAGGAUGUCAGCCGAGCACACGGUGGUUCCGUAACUGCAUCAGCUGGCGGUGUUGAUCAUGCAGAAGGGGAAAGAGCUACAGCGAAUCAGCAACAACUGCGUGCGACCUGGGUUCUUGUCCUCACAAAAAAAGUAUUGGCCACUCUAUCUCGUCUCACCCUCGGUCUGGUUUGCCCCUUCCUGCUGCUGCUGUGCCUCGACCGGUGGAGGGAGCAGCAAUGCCACAAGUACCCUUUUUUGUCUGAGCUCCAGCACGGCGAGGGGAAGGAUAUUGCCCGGCUAAUGUUCAGAUUAGCCGCAAUUUCCUUCGCGGGGGUGCAUGUGUUUUCGUGGGGCGGGGGUGCAGAGCAGGUUGAGGUUGCAAAAGAACGCGAUCGGUGCUGGAAAAACAGAGACGAGCUGAGUUUUUAUUUUAAGAAAAGCCUUGACCUCCCGCGGCGCCUGGUGGCUUGGCUCGAGUUCCUCACCGCUCUGACCGUCGCAACGUGUGCCUUGUUGAUCGGAGAGCACCCAUGGGCGCUGCACCUGGAACUUCAUGUGCAGCUGGUGACGAUCUUUUUUACAGCGGCGGGUCUGCUGGUACUGAUUUUCGUUCUGCGGCGGCUGUGCGGUUUCGUUGAGGGUUUCAUCUUGAUCGACUCCAGGGAAAAAAUAUCAACAUCCCGUUCGUCGUCGACUAGAGAAGCACCAACAGGUAGCGGCUCUGACAGACAACCGCUAUUGCACUUUUCUACGAAGACGGCUAUCCUAAUCAAGCACUGCAUCUACGCUGUGGCUUGCGUCCUUCUCGCAGGCGGGGUUGUCCGCGGUUUUCUCACACUGCGAGAAGGCCUUGACGCCUUAGUGGCAUCGUCUACUUCUUCGGACGUGGAACGAGCAACAGCUUCUCACACAGAAGGCAACGAGGAGAUUACGUCCGUUUGCCAAUCGUACCACGGUGGCGGCAUUUACGUGGCGCAACGGCAGAUUGCAGAGGGGAACUUUCGGAAACAGUGUUUGUUCCCCCUACUGAUCGGGUGUGACGAGGUGCUGGAAAAACUGGCUCUCAGUCAGUACCAGAUCGUGUUUGGGCUGUGGUUUCAAGCAGUGGCGUUGACUUGGUGACUUGAUUACUGUAGAAGCUUUUGCUUAAGAAAAGCUUCCACAAGUCGUAUUCAUGUGGUCGGUGAAAUCUGUGAUUCCAAUUAGUUACCCCGGGUGGAGCCCACGGAGGAGUUUUGGCUGUGUUCGUCUUGUUCGCGCAUUGUUGCUCGGGCUGAACGUGCCGGUGCACCACCUUGUUCGGCGCCCUCUGUCCUCAUCUGGUGGCGUCGCGUUUUCCGUUCUACGACCUGCUAAGCCUUUCACUUACUUUGAGGG